UUUUUCUAACUUACUUUACGUCUUGAUUCUUGCGUGAAAUGGGUCUAGAAAAACUUCUUAUGUCAACGUCAUGUCGACGUGCCGAUUUGGAACUUAGAGAAAAUCUUAUAAAAAGGACGUUUACAGCCUUCUAGUUUUUAACAAUAGUGUUCAAAGGAUUUUGUAUAAACAAUGGCUAGGAGAUACAGAGAUGCUGCGGCGAAACUGCAACAAAAUGUCCAAAAACAUUUGCAGGAAAUGAAAGAGCUUUCAUCGUCGGAAGAUGAAGAGCCUUUUGAAUCGAGCGUGCUGGAAGGUGUUUUCCAAAGCUACUGGUCAGGUGGCGGCGACUCUCACAUGCUCAACAGGACAAAGAACAUUCUAGAAGAAGCCAUCAGCGGCCGGUCCAUCACAUGUCUUAUCUGUAUCGGAUCUAUAAAAAGAGCAGACGCGAUAUGGAGCUGUGGCCACUGUUACUGUUAUUUCCAUCUGUCUUGCAUACAAAAAUGGUCGAACGACAGCAUAAGUCUGCGUAGCGAGGCAAGCCAGGGGCCUGUGACAGUGUUCGUACAUAAAAAAGUUGAAUGGUGCUGUCCGAAGUGCCGGCACUCGUAUUCUAAAGACGAAAUCCCACGUAAGUAUAGAUGUUUCUGCGAGAAAACUGACGACCCACCGUACCAUCCUUGGUUGAUACCGCACACGUGUGGUGAAGUGUGUGGUAAGAGAUUAUCGAGUAGUGAUAGCUGUAAGCAUAAAUGCUUGCUCCUCUGUCAUCCGGGACCAUGUCCUCCUUGCCCUCAGACUGUCAAUGGAGCCUGCUUUUGUGAGAAGGAGCGAAAGAGAGUGAGAUGUAGUGCCGCAAAGUGGUCUUGUGGGCAACGGUGUAAAAAGACAUUACUCUGUCAUGCACAUAAAUGUGAGAAUGAGUGCCAUGAAGGGGACUGUCCACCAUGCAGCUACACAAGUGUACAACCUUGUCAAUGUGGUACAGAGAAGAUGAAGCGUCCUUGCAAUGAUCCUAUAUGGAACUGUAACAAAUCAUGUAAUAAAAUGUAUCCAUGCGGUUAUCACAAGUGUGAGAAGUUUUGUCAUUCUGGAGACUGUGGUGCAUGCCCUAAUUCUGGCAUGAAGACUUGUCCAUGUGGAGCAAACAAAAGAUAUGUACAAUGUCCAGAUGUCAUGGAAACAUGUUUAGGAACAUGUGGAAAGUUACAUGAAGACUGCGAUCAUAAUUGUCCAGAAAAAUGCCAUAAAGGCCCCUGUCCACCUUGUCAAGUGCUAGUUCAGAAGAAAUGCCAUUGUGGCACACAUACUAGAUCACUACCAUGCAGUAAAGAGUUUAAAUGUGAGACUAAAUGCCGAGGCACACGGCCUUGUGGGAAGCACAGCUGUGCUCGCAAAUGUUGUAAUGGAAACUGCCCACCAUGUGAGAAAAUUUGUGAUAAACCUCUUCAAUGUGGUCGGCAUAAAUGUAUCAACAUUUGCCAUCAUGGCCCAUGCUAUCCUUGCCCUCUAGAAUCGAAAAUAACUUGUAGGUGUAAAGAAACAUACAUUAGGGUUCCAUGUGGAAGAGAGAGGUUGGUGAAGCCACCAAAGUGUGCACUCCCUUGCAAAAUAAAAUACAAAUGUGGGCAUUCUGAGGAAAAUAAACAUUUGUGCCACUUUGGCGACUGCUUACCCUGUAAAGCAAUUUGUUAUAAAACUUAUCCAAAAUGUGGACAUAAAUGCAAAGCAGUUUGUCAUGAGUAUGUUGCUGUGGUGUUCAAACAGAUAGAAAAGCCUGCAACACCCUGGGAAGUGCAGCCUCCAAAGACUAAGAUUAUGAAUUUGGACUGUCCUCCAUGUGAGACUCGUGUACCAGUUAUAUGUUUAGGGGAGCAUGAAACCGAGGAGCAGCCGUGUCAUUCAGCAACACGUCGAUCAUGUGGAAGACAAUGUGGCCGCUCAUUGCCCUGUGGAAACCACUCAUGUUCCUUAUUGUGUCACCUUUUGACUGACAAUGUGCUUUCAAGUUGCAGACCCUGUGAGAAAGAAUGCUUAGUGCCUCGUCCAGAGAAGUGUUUGCAUAAAUGUACAAUCCGAUCGUGUCACCCAGGACCCUGCCCACCGUGCGACAUGCUGGAAAGGAUUCCAUGUCACUGUGGUGUUACAGAGCUGUAUUUACGCUGCCGAGAGCUGUCUACUGCCACUGAAGAAAAACUUUCAUGCAAGCAACAAUGCUCCAAAAACUUGGAUUGUGGACAUCGCUGCCGUAACACCUGUCAUUCUGGACCCUGCGGAAAUCAAAUCUGUACUAGAAAAACUAAAAUACAUUGCCCAUGCGCAAAUUUGAAGAAGGAAGCUCCGUGUAACCUUGUUAGGAGCGGAGAGGCGAAAGUCGAUUGUGAUAAAUCAUGUGAAGAGAAGAAAACUGCAAUACUAAUAGAGAAAGAGAAGGAGGAGCGCAGACAGAAAGAGUUAGAAGAAGAGAGGAACCGGAGGGAACUUGCGGAAUAUGAAUGGAAAUUAAGUGGAAAAAAGAAGAAGUAUAAGGAAAAACGUAUAGCUGUUAGCAAAGACAAUAGAAACUGGAUGCAACGAUACUGGAUUCCUAUUUUAUCUAUAUUAAUAGUAUUUAUUGCUGCUUUGUAUUAUGUAUUUUAUGUGUAACUAAAUUUAAGAUUAUUGAGCAGUCCAGAAAACUGCACAUUUUAGUGUGGCACUGGUUGAAUUAUUACAUCUAUAUUUUGUAAAUUUUUGGAUGAGCUCUGUAACAUUUGUCAAAAUAAUGCUGUGUGGUGUGCAUGUUGAAAAAAGUUGAAUUUCUUACAGGUUUUAUAGAUUAAAAUUUUUUGGGUUCAUAAUUAAGAGUACCUAACUAAUAAUAUUUAAAAGAAAAUAUCUGCAUUAUAUUGUAUAUUUCUUUUAAGGUUGUAUACAUAAAUAUUUUAUUUUAAAUAUUUAUUUCCAUUUUAUUUAUUUUAUUUGCUAUAUCAAUAGCAGAUUUUUUAAUUAAGUAAUGGAAACAUACAGUAUAUACAAAUAAGUUCAUACAAAUUAAUUAACACAUAAUACCAAAAAAGUUUCCAAUGUCUAAGAGGUGAUAACUAUUAUUCCAGUUAAGUCAAUAAAGUGAACACUACCAUAUAAAAAUACGAUAUUUAAGGUGGUAGCUCAAGGUCCAUUUUCAUACAUUUUGUUUCGGCUUUAAUCUGGGUAACUAAACAAGUAUUGGCAAGUAAAGAAUUUAAAUUCACGUCUAGUAAGUGAUUAGUUCUCGCAGUUGAAAGAAAAACGUAAAAAUAAUUAAUAAUCAUGGAUAUUUCGGCCUUUAAAAUUUAAUAUGACGAAAUUUGUUUAGUUACCCAGAUUAAAGCCGAAACAAAAUGUAUGAAAAUGGACCUUGAGCUACCACCUUAAUAGGGAUAUUUUUAAUGAUAGCUGUUACAGUGCUCAAGUUUUAACUUAACGUCCAUUUGUUAGCCUGACAAGUGUUAGUUUAUACAAACACAGACUUGGUGAGCUCUUUAGGCGAUCUCAACCCAGGAACUUAUCCUAAAUUAAUUGUAGUUGGUUGUAGAAAUCAUCAUCCUAAAUUGUGCAAGGUAUAGGCAUAAGUAGGAAAUUACCAGUCAUGACAAUAUUAGAGUAAUUAAUUAAUUGUGGUUGUAAUAUAACACCAAAAUUAUUGUUAAUCUAGCAUGGGAAUAACUUAUUAAUUUAGCCACAAUAAUUUUUAAAAGUGACUUGUUUUUACUUAUUUAUUUUAAUUUAUUAUCUAAAAUAUGUCAUUGAAAGGGUGUAAAAAAUUAUUUAGCAUUAUGUAAGAACAUAUGUAAAUGUUCAUAGGUUAAAAUUAUCAUAAAAAAGACAUUUCUAGGAAUUCCAGAGUUCUAUAUUUCCAUACUAACAAAUAAGCACCUAUUUUGGCGUCUAUUUUGUUUGGGCAUUAUAAAAUGAAGUUUUAUUUAUAAUAUACAAAACAUUAUUUUCAGUUUAGGUACACAUUAAAUAUUCUCAAAUAUUUAUUGUUUGGUGCGUUUUUUAUAUUGUCAUAAGUAAAUACUGAAGAAUUA